AUGGCGUCCCCUUAUCAAGGCUCGAUAUCCUUCUCGCCAUCUGCGGCCGGCUCUGACAUGACGGGUGCGACUUCGCGAUCCGUCUCCGACCUCCCGCAAUCCCAAGUCGACGCAAUCAUCCGAACGAAACGCAAGGCGCGCGAGCCCAAGGCCUGCUACCCCUGUCACGCACGGAAGGUCAAAUGCGAUCGUAACCUUCCCUGCGAUGGAUGUGUCAAGCGCGACCAUGCGGACCUCUGCUCGUACGAGCGGCCGUCGAAAAAACGCAUCCUCACCGGUUCGAUGCCACCAGCGUACAGCGAUAGCCCUGCGAGCGUUCCUCCGGUCGGCGGAUCAGAACCAUUGGGGACUAUUGCUCAGGAGGAGCCGCAUGUGCGGAUCAAGCAGGAGGCCGGGGCAAGCCGGACUAGCGCACUCGGCGGGCCUGCGAACCGGAUAUCCAUUCCGCGGGAGGAGUGGGACAAUGUUCGCACCCGGUUGAAGGAAAUGGAGAAGACGAUCUCCAAUCUACGUGUUGGGUUGGAACGGGUGGAGGAGGGCUCGGGGGGCGUUUUGGAAACAGCCAGUGCUCACAGUGGCGAUGCGAGCAACCGGUCCAAGAUCGCUUCUCCAGAACGGGAGGGAAUUCAUGCGCCGAAUACACUGGGCGAAGGCACCGUCCAUCUGGGAUCACGAUCGGUAAUGGCGUACAUUCUGAACAACAAGUCUGGUUCGGACCAGCUGCAGGCUCUGCUUGAGGGUGGAAUUCUGCCAAAGCUGGGCCUUGACAAUGAGUCCGCGACGUAUCCGUUCGUCGAUCUGUGGUCGUCCGAUAUGUCGACAUUUGACGUCAGCGCAGUUUGCAGCGCGCUUCCGAGUGAUCAGCAAUGCAAGGAGUUCUUUUUCUACUACCGGGAUGUUGCAGGAACCAUCUAUCCUGUCAUCGAGGAUAUUCAGCAAUUCGAGAUGAAUCUUGACCUUCUGCUCCGAAGUAGAGCAGCAAUGGGAGGCGUUUACCGAACAGAUACGGAUGAAGCACAGCGGCCCUUUGGGGUGUCUAUCGCCUAUCUGGGCUUGCUGUUCGCUGUGCUGGCGUCUGGUUGUCAAUCCUCCGAUUUACCAGGAAAGGAACGAGAAUUGACUUCUCAAGUUUAUGUGUGCUGCUCCUACCAAUGUCUUCGGAUGACCAACUUCCUCUCUCAACCUACUAUCGAAGCCAUCCAGACUCUCUUGGUGAUCGGAAAUGUGCUAUCGUACAACAUGAACCCCGGCAUCUCCUAUGUCCUACUUGGCAUGACUCUCCGAAUGGGUCUUGCACUAGGUCUACAUGUGGAAUCCAGUCGCUUCUCCCCUGCAGACAGCUACCGUAGACGGCAUGUUUGGUGGUCCAUGGCAUGGCAAGACAGCCACUUUUCUCUGUCCUAUGAUCGACCGUCGACUACGGCCGUCAGUCAACCCGACAUCGCUUAUCGCGAAGACUCGAAGGCUGGGGAACUAUCAUAUUUUGAAACUCUCUGCCGGAUAAUCUCGCUCGCUCUCGAGGUUGUACGCGGUCGUAUGCUUAGCUCCCACUCCCAGAUGAGUUUCAAAACCAUCCAAACCUACAAAGAGAGGAUCCAGCAAAUUAUGAUCGAAGCCAGGCCGCAUCUGCGUGACCGCAAAUAUUGCUUGUCAUCGACGGAACACCUGGAACGAGUCGUGCUGAAGCUUCACUCGUCCUACUUUUCGUCGGAGCUCCUCCGACCAACACUCAAGGCUCCUGCUGACUCGAACGAUCCCACCAGUGUCAGCAUGCGUGCCGACUGUGUCAGCAAUCUCAUGACAACAGUGGAAGCCUAUGUGGAGAUGCAUACUAUCAGCUCGCACGCAUCGCGUUCUUGGAUUACUUUGCAGCGAGCGAUCAGCUCGAUGUUCCUCCUGGCAGUCACGGAGGAGUCGAAGACGGAUCCUCGGUUUUGGACCCUGUUACACCAGCUCAAGAACAUCAUUGGCGAGCGUGCCAACGAAGAAGGUAUCAUGGGGCCGGUCGAUGCCUCUGCUGCCAUCACAUCGCCAGCUGUUGCUCCCGCCAUGACCGGAGCUAGUCCUGCUGCUCUUGAUUCGACCUCUCCAAUCCCUAUGCCUGUAUCGGUCGAUUCACAAACCCAGUGGGCCAAGCCCUUGACCAAGACUUAUCGUGCCCUGGAAAAAUUAGAAGCCGCGUUCUCCGGACAUGGCCACCGGGCUAGUCACAAUGGUGGCUCUGCAUACCGGAACCCUUCAGCAAACUCAGCCACGGGCAACCUUGCUCCUCCCGUGUCUGCAGCCAUGACACCCACUCUUGGGUCCCUCCCGCCUCCCACCCCGGAGAGUUCGACCAGUGGGGAGUGGUCGAUUCCGAAUAUCCUGGACCGGGCUGCAGAGUACAUCCAUCCCCCACUCUGGAGCUGA